UCAGUGGCUUUGUGCGUAAAAGUAGAACCACCGGAGUCACCGUGAUGAUUAGAGUCUGGAGUUUACACUCUGCCUGGAUUUGUUUCACAACUCUGGUACGGAUUAACUGAUUUACAUGGCUCAGCAGCAGGUUUCUAGAGGGAAGCCCUGCAUUUCUACCUGGAUUAAUGUUUCGAUCAUGAGGAUUGCGCGUUGAUAGGACCUACUACUUAGAGCUUACAGUGAGGCAGCAAAUAACUUCACCAUACACGCGUCAGUAACUAAAAGUACAGUGUACAGCUUUAAGAAACCAGGAAGUAUGAAAGGAGGCUGUGUCUGGACUGUCAGACUGUCUAUGCUGCUAUUGUUACUUUGGUCAGAUCCCCUGGGCAGCCAGCACACAACAGACCACAGAAAGGUUCCUCAGAGGGCAGAGCACCACGAGGAAGUUAGGGCAGAGCAUGGAGAAAUUCAGGGAUCUUGGGGUGUCUGGGGUCCCUGGUCAGCUUGCUCCCGGACCUGUGGAAAAGGAGUACAAGAACAGACUAGGCCGUGCCUACCCGUGUACGCUCCAUCUCAGUACCCCUCCAGAGGGGCUGGUGUUCAGCUUCAUCAACCAGGCCAUAUAGUUUCAGCUCUUCGGCCUACAGUUCCUCUGCACCGCAGCACAGUCAGACCCUACAACAGCAGCAGCCGUGGAGAGCUGAGAAAAGAGAAGGAGAACAGGCCUGGUGGGCGCAGGAGGGUAACAAACAUUAUCCCAGGGAAGUAUGGCUAUGGAAGGGCGCCCUAUGUUACUUCACUGCAGACGGAUACAGGCCAGGGCUCUAAGAUCCCUCGCCCACACAGACACAGACGCUCUGCUGCAGCUAAUUCCCACCACCCCACAGCUAGAGGCCAUGGUAGCCACAGGUUAAACAACCCUAAUGCUUCCAGCAAUCUCCAUCUCUACAGCAGACCCGACAUUAAUGCCAGGACACAGCAUCCCAGAAAUAACCAAGUCUGGGCUCCCCUUUACCAGCCUAGUUCAGCCAACAAGGCUGAGGUCCAACAGGAGCACCAUACAGGCAGCCACAUGUCCAAUCCUAAGCAGCAUCAAGUGAGACCUUACAACCCUCUGUCUUCUUCCUUCUGUGCUGGGGAGCAUGCUCGCUACAGGAUCUGCAACAGUAAUGCCUGUCCCCCAUCCAGCAGGCACAUCCGGGCUGUCCAGUGUUCAUCUUACAACAACCAGCCUUUCAUGGGCAGACUGUACGAGUGGGAACCUUUUAAUGAGGUUCCUAUUGAGCAGCAGUGUGAACUCAACUGCCGGGCCAUAGGGUUCAGGUUCUACGUGCGACAAUCAGAAAGGGUGAUCGACGGGACGCCAUGUGGACAGAAUGAAACUUCUCUCUGUGUGGCAGGAAAGUGUACGAGUCUAGGAUGCGAUGAGUAUCUCGGAUCAGGAAGGGUGGUGGACAAGUGUGGCGUGUGUGGAGGUGACAACUCAACCUGUAGGCUGGUUUCAGGAGUGUUCAAACAUAGUUUAUCCAAGAUCGGCUAUCACAAGAUAGUGGAGAUCCCAGAAGGAGCCACCAAGAUCAAUGUUACUGAGAUGGUGAAGAGCAGAAACUACCUAGCUUUGCGAAGCCGAUCAGGGCGAUCAAUCAUUAAUGGAAACUGGGCAAUUGACCGGCCAGGAAAGUAUGAGGGUGCAGGGACCAUGUUCACCUACCGCCGACCCAAUGAAAUCAGUAGCACAGCUGGGGAAUCCUUUCUCGCUGAAGGCCCCACAAAUGAGAUUCUGGACGUUUAUAUGAUCUUCCAGCAGCCAAAUCCUGGUGUUCACUAUGAGUACAUUCUCCCAUCUGAGAAGCUCGUGAGCCCUCAGCAACCAAGCCGCAGGCCGGAAGGGAAUGCUGUGAAUGGACAGGAUGGAUACGACCAGCAGAAUCAUCAGGAAAACUUUAAUCCAGCUGGCAGUGGAAGAUAUUCGCCUCCUCCCACUGAAAACCAGGUACCCUCCGUACAGCCACCCAGACGUGAGAGAGAAUACAACUGGAAACUGACUGGUGCUACAGAGUGCAGUGCUUCCUGUGGUAAAGGUUUCAGAUAUUCCAUCUUUCACUGUGUCAACCGGCUGACUCAGGUCCAGGUAUCGGACUCUUUGUGUGACAGCAGCAGCCGACCAAGUCCACAGGAAGAGGCCUGCAACUUGCAGCCCUGCCCAGCAUUCUGGGAUAUUGGAGAAUGGUCAGAGUGCAGCAAAACCUGCGGUCUGGGCAUGCAGCAUCGGCAGGUCUUGUGUCGCCAGGUUUACGCCAACCGCACCCUCAAUGUCCACACGAGCCGCUGUCGACACCUGGAGCGGCCUGAAACUGCCAGUACCUGCCAGCUAAAGAUCUGCAGUGAGUGGCAGAUUCGCUCAGAGUGGACUUCUUGCUCUGUGCCAUGUGGGCUGGGUCAGAGGUCACGAGAGGUACACUGUGUCAGCAAUGUGGGCGACUUUGUUCCUGAUGAGGAGUGCAACAUGAAUCUGCGGCCCAAUGAUGUGGAGAACUGUGAUAUGGGAGCUUGUGCCAAGAGCUGGUUCUACACUGAGUGGGGCAACAGGUGCUCAGCUGAAUGUGGUAUGGGUGUACGGACACGGGGAGUUCUCUGCCUGACCAACCAAAUCAGCAGUCUCCCUCUGGAAGGAUGUGGCAGCGAACGGCCCGCAGACUCUCAGGUCUGCAACAACGGUCCGUGUGAGAAUCGAAUUGAGUGGUUCACAGGACCCUGGAGCCAGUGCUCUGCAGAGUGUGGCACCGGCACCCAGCAGAGGUCAGUGGUGUGUUUGAUGAAGUCAAAUGAAGGAUUCACUGUCAUGCCACCAUAUGAGUGCUCAUCCCUGGACAAACCUCUCAGGCAGCAGAGCUGUAGCCUCAAGGCCUGUGGAGCAAAGUGGUACCACACUGACUGGAGUGCUUGCUCCAAAACAUGUGAAGGAGGUUUCCGUGUGAGAGAGGUGCGCUGUCUGUCUGAUGACAUGCUGUCCAGAGAGGGCUGCGAUGUGCAGUUGAAACCAGAAGAGAAGGAGGACUGCAACCCAGAGCCCUGCAUACCUCUGAUAGAUGAGAACUGCAGAGACAAAUACUUCAACUGCAAUGUGGUGGUCCAGGCUCGCCUCUGCGUGUAUGAUUACUACAAGACAACAUGCUGUGCUUCAUGUUCCCGGGUGGCCCACAAACAGUCGACCUAUCGCCGACAAAGCUAGCGCUCUCUACCAGGGUCACUCCGCUCCAUGGUGGUCCAGAGUCAGUACCCCCUGGAGGCCCUCUGGUCCUGUGGCAGCUGGGAAGAAUAGACUGGCUGGACCUUGCCUAAAAUAGGCACUUGUUGUUUUUGCCAACUGUGGAAAGUGAAGAAGGGACAUUUUUGUUGGUUUAUUUGAAGACAGCUGUUAUGAGGGAAAAAUGGUGUGUGCCAAGAAUCCACUCACUGCAGAUGUCAGCUGUGGUGAGAGGCAUCAGUAUCAAAGUGGAGAAUCUAAAACACUUAAAGGAUUUGAUCUGUGUCUUAUUCAAAGAAUCCCUCUUCUUUGCUUCAGUGGGAACAGUUUGCAGGUACUGUUUACCGACAAUGACGCUUGUGGAUUACUUAUGAAGAGGAGAGCACGAGCUGACUGUGUAACAUGGACCAUAUAUGGUUACACAGCAGAACUCAGAUUUAUGGCAGUUAAUGUAAUCGCACAUGUUGUCAGUUAUUUCGCAUCCACUGCUGACCAAAGAUAUGUAACCUCACCAAACUGCCGACAGUAGCAGAUCACCACCUUUUCCUGAAAAACAAAUACUGUGCACCUUCCCUGCUGCCAAUUGCAUAUAUUUGACUGUUUUCUGGCAAACCAUGUCUUUUUCUCCCUACACAGCUACGAGGUCCAAAAGCAGCCUAUGUAAUAUGUAUGUAUAAAUGUAUGUAUGACAAUGUGAAUGAUAAAAAAAAAAGGUUUUCAGGCUUCUUGGACAGCCCAACACUCUGCCAGUAACUGAAGAGAAAGAAAAAUCUCCCUCUUUAUUUAUUUGUGUGGUUCCCUGUUGUUACAUGAACCACCCGUGGCCUCUUUUUAGCUGUGGUGAUAAAACUUUUGUUGCCUUUAAACUAGUCACAACUUUGAACUCGGUGUAGGCAUUUCACAGCCUGCUGGAUGACAGAAGCAGAUAAUCAGAAAACUUUUGCAUUUUUGGAGAGUUGAAACUAACUGUACAUAUUUCUUUAUUUCUAGUGGGAUAUGAUCAUUCCACACUGUGUAAUUCCUAUGAAAAAAAUAUACUGAAUUAUCUAUAAUAUAUUAUUUACAUUUGACUCUAAAGAGAAAUCAUUUCAAUGUUUUACAGUUCUUGAUAUGGUGAUACAUACAUCUGGUUUGCAUUUAUAGUAAAUCCUUAUUAGUGACCAAUCUUUUUCUACCAUAAAACAGCCAUUUUCAGUUUUGUACAAAAGUGCACACAGUACCUCUGAAAUGCUCGGCUCUUGUUGUAAAUGCUAUUAUUGUUUCCCUCCAAGAAAGAUUAACUUACCUCUGAUUCAUAAGUACUGUAUCCAGAUAUUUUGCAGAUAUUUUCCUCUAUCAGAGAAAUAACUAUUUUGAAGUGUCAACAUGAUGGCAUGAUUUCUUUUAAAUCUUAAUUCAAUCAUGAAACAACUGAAUUAAGUAUUCAAUAUAUGACUGCAACUAAUAAAACAUCUGUAUUUGCUUUAUUUUAGAUCCCAGCUGUUCCGAUGUUAAUUUUCUUGAGGAAAUUUUCUCUAAUAGGCAGUAGACUUUUCAGCAGCUUUUCCUUGUGAAUCAGUUUCACAUCACAUUGUGCAUUCUUUUUUUGCAGCAGUUAGAGUUUGGCAUGUAGACCCUGAGCUCAGCACUCCCAACAAAUAUAAUCAGCACAGCACAGAAAUUGUGGUAGAUCCUGGAGUGAUGGAGAAGGAGCAAUGCACUAAUUACUUAUAGUCUUUCCUAUGAAGAUAUUAACACUUUAAAACAUUGAGCUUAAGCAUAAGCAUUGAACUUGCAAAAGUGUUUUUGUUUUGUUUCUGGUCGAUUGAAAAGAUUAACAGGUUUAAACUAAUGACAUUUCACUCUGCCAUCUAAUCUGUAUUUAUUGUAUUACUGUAAAUAAAAUUAGUG